AUGCGGAGAGAUGGAGAGCGUCAUAUCAAUCGGAGGCUCCACAUCGCCAGCAUGCGUCGCUCCGCCAAUCCUUCGGCAGUUUAUAUGCAUGCUUACUCGCAUAACUUGCUUGCUUCGACCAAUCGACGAAAUCUGCAUGCUGCCCCAAUCUCCGUGGACCUUCGCCUCCUCCCACCCCAUUCCAUUCCCGCCUGUCUUGCCGCCUUUGUGACGAACCCUGUCUGCAGCCCCUUUUGCCAGUUAUGCGUUUGCUUCAGGAUAAUCUUCAGACAACUCAGAGGGUCCCUGCACUGGCACUCUCCCACACGUCGAGUUCCCCUCAGCCUGUGCGACAUCAAUCAUUGA